AUGGCUAGUAUUGAAGAUAAAAGAAAUUCACCGUUUAAUUCAUUUUUAAUUGAUGAUCCAACACCAAAUAAUAGUCGAAUAACAAUAACAAAUGAAGAAUCACCAACAAUAUGUAUUUCAUGUCAACAAGAUCUUCGAUUAUGUCCAUCAAAAAUUUUAGCUUGUCUUCAUUCUGUUUGUAUGCAAUGUUUAGAUAAAGUAAAAGAUUCAUUGGGAACAAUUUAUACAUGUUCGGCAUGUAGUCAUAAAAGUCGAUCUGAUACUAUAUGCGACAAUUUAUUUGCAACAGAAGAAACAGAUACAAAUGGAUUGUCUCCACAUUGUAGUAACUGCGAAGAAGGAAAUAUGGCAGAUUGGUAUUGCAAUAAUUGUGCUGAUUGGCUUUGUACUCAAUGUAAAAAUGCACAUUCACGUGUUCGUAUAACAAAAGAUCAUAUUGUCACACAGAAAAGUGCUGAAGAAGCAAGACAAAUUCGAGGAAUACCAUCUAAUACUGAAAAAUUAUUAUGUCAGAUUCAUAAAGAAGAAUUAGCUCGAAAUUUUUGUCAAGAUUGUCAAAUAUUGACAUGUGAUGAAUGUCAAAUAACAUUACAUAAAAAUCAUCGAUAUUUAUUUAUUGAUGAAGCAUUACUUAAUCAGAAAACUAAUCUUCAAUCAUUAGUUACUAAAGUUCGAGAUAUUCGUUUAAUGUUAAAUAAAAUACAAACAACACGAAAUCAACAAAAAUCUGAUAUUGAUCAAACUGAACAUCAAGUUAUUGAUGAUAUUAAAUUAUUUGGUAUAAAUAUGAUUGCUGAAAUAAGUAAAGCAUGUAAACAAUUAAUUAAUGAUACAUCUACAAUAUGUGAUCAAGCACGAACACAAUUUACCGAAAAAAAUACUCGUUUUGAACAAUAUUUACAGAAUAUUGAUCAUUCACUUGAUUUUGUUAGUGAAGCAUUAACAACUGGUUCAAAAACAGCAUUAUUAACUUCGAAUCGUGUUAUGAGUAAACGAUUAGAUCAUUUACUUCAUCAAAAUGCUAUUUGGUCCAAACCAGUUAAUCCGUUUCAAUUAACAUUUAGUCCUUAUGAUCCGAAAAAUAUUCGUUCGACAAUUACUAGUCUUGGUAUGUUAGUACAAAAUGGAAAAAAGAAAAUAAAUAAUAAUAGAUCAAUAUUUAUGGAAGAACAAACAAAUGGUAUUGAUCAAAGGAAACUCAAUAAAUAUACUUCACAAUUAACUACUACUGACAAAUCCGAACAUGACAUACAGCCUGCUAUAUUACUUGAUACAAGUGAUGAUUUUUGUGCUGUAUGUCGUUGUGGUGGUGAACUUGUUUGUUGUGAUGAAUGUCCGCGUGUCUAUCAUGUUGAUUGUCAUGUUCCAUCAUUAAAUGAGGUUUCAAUGAAUGAUAAAUGGAAAUGUGGUUUAUGUUGCGAAAUAAAUAAUUCAACAGGACCAUUAAAACGUAAACAUGAUGAUACUACUGACAAACUGCCAUCAGUCGAAAAACAAAUAUGUGAAAAAUUAAUCUUACAAAUGUAUACACAUCCAUCUAGUGCACCUUUCCAUCAACCAGUACCAGCUGAUUGUAUUGGUUAUCAUAAAAUUAUUACUCGUCCAAUGGAUUUACGUACAAUUAAAGAAAAAAUCAAAUCUUACGGAAAUAUGAGUGAAUUUUUAGCUGAUGUUCGUCUAAUGUUUCAAAAUUGUUCAACGUUUAACAGACCUGAAUCAGAAAUUGGAAAAUCAGGUCGUACAUUGAGUAAAGCAUUUGAAGAAUGGUUAGAAAAAUAUUAUUUAAAUAGUCAAAUUCCAAUACCCGAUCGAACAAAUAAACGAAAGAAAACAUCGAUACAAAUGAUAGAUCAUGUAUCAUAA